AUGAAUUCUUUAUUAAUUUACCUGAUCCGAACUAAAACAGCAGCAGGAAUGGAAAUAUACAAAAAAUUGCUUUAUAUGAGUUGUUUUAUGGAUUUAAUUGUUUCUUUUUGGACAUUUAUUGUCCAACCGAUACCAGUAAUUUCGCACGGUUAUCGAACCGUUUUGAUGAAUGGAAUCUUUCGUAAGUCUUCACAACCAAUUCGUUAUGCUGUCUAUCUAAUUUGGGUUCAAAUGCUGAUAUUUUUCUUAAUAACAACAAUAACACAAUAUGCUUACCGUUUUUGUAUUUUAUGUAGAAAUGGGGUUGUUUCUUUAAAAUUUUUUGGAUGGAUGACUUUUGGACAAACUUGUCUAUUUUUUGCUCAUGGAUAUUUGCUUGCAUGGGCUGACUAUCCACGAGAAGGAGAAAAAGUUUUUAUGAAGGAGAUAAGAGAAAAAAUUAUGGAGGAGUCUGGAUUAACUGAUGUUGAAUUUAUUUCUUUUGUUAAUGCGGCCCUACUUCCAACAUUUGAAGCUUUUGGUUGGGGUGUUCAAACAUUUCUUCCUGUAUUUGUUACCGAACGUAUUAGCACUGUAAUCUACACAGUUUUUACUGACAUUCCAAUUCAUUUAAUACCGGCAUUAAAUCCAAUUGGGACUAUUUUGCUUGUUGCUCCAUAUCGGUAUCUUAGUCUUAUUUUAGAAUUCUACAUAGAUUUUUAA